CAUGUAUAUUCACUCUCCCCACCCAACUCUUACUCAACCGUAUUUUGGAAAACACCAGCUAUCUUUUCAUAACAGAACUCCAAAAAAGAGAGAAGAAAAAAAAGGAAGAAAAGGGUAAGUAUGGGAGACGAAGAAGGCGACGAUGAAAGCCAACCGCAGCGACCAGCACCCCGCCUGAAUGAGAGGAUCCUUUCGACCUUGUCAAGAAGAUCAGUGGCUGCACAUCCAUGGCACGAUCUUGAAAUUGGCCCUGAAGCUCCUCGUAUAUUUAACUGCGUAGUCGAGAUAACAAAGGGAAGCAAGGUCAAGUACGAACUUGACAAGAAGACAGGUCUCAUAAAGGUUGACCGGAUUCUCUAUUCAUCAGUUGUAUACCCACACAACUAUGGGUUCAUUCCGCGUACUUUAUGUGAAGAUAAUGACCCGUUGGAUGUUUUAGUUCUCAUGCAGGAGCCCGUCCUUCCUGGAUGCUUCUUGCGAGCCCGGGCAAUUGGACUAAUGCCCAUGAUUGACCAGGGGGAGAAAGAUGACAAGAUCAUUGCAGUGUGCGCCGAUGACCCAGAGUACAAACAUUACACCGACUUCAAGGAGCUCCCACCUCAUCGUCUUUCUGAGAUCCGCCGCUUUUUCGAAGAUUACAAAAAGAAUGAAAACAAAGAGGUUGCAGUGAAUGAGUUUCUGCCCUCAGAAACUGCCAUGGGAGCCAUCAAAUACUCUAUGAACCUCUACGCUGAAUACAUCUUGCACACCCUGAGGCGAUAAAUAUGCAAAUGCCUUUUACCAUGUUUUGCGCAAAUAAUGUUGUCCUCCCAUGACUGAGGAUGCUUUCAAGAUGUUCAAUUACCUUUAUUUUCCGCCUAUUGUUCAGAGAUUUUGUCAUGCCAUGUUUGGCUCGACGUUAUGAUUGACCAAUAAAAUAUCCAGUAGUUUUGGUUGUAAUGCUCCCUCUAUAUGUUUGUGCCUAUAUGUUAGAGUUCAAUUUCCAUAUAGUAUACUUACUCUCAUCCCCAA